GCCAGAACCAAUCUUUAACGCACUGGCGAGCUCGUACCCAUUGACCUACCUAGAAGUGCAACUUCAAGCGGCAUAGUUACGCGGAAUUUUAAUAGUUUUUUGGGCGAUCAGUCGGCCAAGUUGAGUAGAUCUACAGAGCGCGACCGAGAAAACAUUGGAGACACGGAAUAGGUGGCGUAUCGGAAAAGAAAAGGAAUCGUUACGAAGAUGACGGUCGAACGAAUCGAUACGUUCUACGACCUAGACACCAUCUACAGCACGAUCGAACGGAUGCUUCUACUCAUACGCCAGCUAUCCGGUGUAUCUCGAUUGGGUGAAAAUGGCCGCUCGCUGUCGUUUGAGCUGCAGUGGAUGAAUGCGAUCGACGAGCGCAAAUAUCAGAUCGAGGAGCUGCGCAGCUCGGUCCAGUAUCUGUUCGGCCAGUUUCGCAAAAUCUACCUCGUCAACAAGGACCUCUACGCCCAGCUCAACAAACGUGGUGGCCGCGUAUUCGAGCUGGAGAAACAGAUCGACGCCCAGGGUGACAGUAAGUGUCUCUACUUUUUGGCCGAUGCAAUCAAGUACGAGCCGGCUCUGUUGGCGAUGCAGCGUGUGCUGGAUCGAACGAUGCGCGAGAUCCGUAUCUUUCGCAAUCAGCGCAAUCAGCACAAGCUGGAGCUGUGCAUUGGGCACAUAAGGGCGGAGAAUCUGGAUAAAGUGUACGAUGAGUACUGUUCGUUCGAGUGUGGCCUUCAGCAGUUACCAGCGAUCGUUGAGGCGGUGUUCGAGCGGGACAUACGAAACCUGAUGAAGCUACUACUAUUUCUCAGCGGCUACCGGAAGCUUAACAAGGUCAACUCUGCGGAAACGUUCGUGGCGGGUUGUGAGUUCCUGGUACAACACCUGAAACACUGUGGAGCAUCGCUGCUAGAGCAACCACAGUGUCUGCUGAUUUAUGGAUUCGUGAUCGACGCAUUGCAGGAGCGUCCGGACAAAUCGGUGGCCUCACUGCAAGAGGAUGUGUUUCGCGAUCGUUUAGAGCAGGUACGGAACGAUCUCGUCGGUUGUGUCCAAAGAACGGUACGGCUCAUUCAAACUGAUCCACAACAAACGGGACCGUUGGGGCGAUUGUUUCACCAUUUGGCGGACGAAAUCUUGAUCGAAUUACUGAAAUGCGCCUACGAGGGUAAUGUGAAAAAUCUCAACAACAUUCUACAAUUCGUUUCGCAUCUUUCACGGAUCGAUCACGACAUCAUCAGCUACCGGGUGCUGUAUGCUCAGAUGGAACACUAUGAUCAUCUUUUUUGUCCGGAAAUAUUUCUACUAGCGUAUCGCAUCAAACAAACGAUGACGGCCCCUGGAUACGCAUCCGCCAGUCUACGGGCAGAUCUGGAACGUCUGAAAGUCAAUCUGCCUCCGGUGGUAGUGUCCAUCCUGUGGAAAACCGUUACCGUGUCACGGUUUGAGUCGCGCAUCCUCCUAAAGUUCGGCACCAUCGGCAAAGAGGUUAGCUUCUCGCGCUACACGGCCGACAAAAACCGUAUCGAACUGGAGCCGCUCGAGGAUGGCAAUUGCUUUCGUAUUCGAGGCAUCGCAAUCAAUGGAUACCUGGGGGAAAGUGGCACCGGACAGCCAAUUAUUGCGCCCAAAAGUGAGAGCAUAUCGAAUACGAAAUUCCGCUGGAAGCUGAUUCCGGUCGAGGGAUGCGAAUACUUUCGGGUGCAGAACUACGCCAGCGGUGCGUUGCUUUACUCGCGGAUCCCGAGCGAAGACCCAGAGUACGAUUUCUACAAUAGCCAGGAGACACUGCAACUCACUGGUAACGAGCGAGUGCUCACCGAUCAGAAUAGCUAUUGGAAGAUAGAGGAGCAUCCACGGGGUUCCCGCAGUGCUAGCAGCGAAUCAGAGUGUUGCAUUCUAUGAACAGAAGCAGCAGCAGCAAAGGCAUCGUCCGCAUCCAUAACCAGUUCGAUGGAUUUCCCGGCCGGCCGGCCGGCCAUCAGUCGGCUAAUGACACGUUUCUGACUACACCCACAGAAGCAGAACCGCGUACGCUUACGUACGUCGUAAGAGCGAAAACCGCGACUUGUACGGUAUGGCAGAUAUGCAGCUGUACAAAUAGUACCAUUCCACCACCAUCGGGUGAGCGAGAGCACGCUGCGUUCCCCCAUUUGCAGGAUGUGAUUGUUUGCUCUAUACUCAACAAGGUCCAGCGAUACCCACCUGCAUCAACACCACGCCUACGGCAGGCCCCCCAUCCUUACUGUUCUUCCCAGUUCAACCGGUAGUGAAUAAGGACCAUAAAUAACUCGCCCCAUUGACUCGUGGUACGUGCGGCAGAAAGGAAAGCGAAACUCGCCUGAAGAAGCGCCGGCGGUGACCAUUUGUUUUGAUUGUACACCAUAAUCGAGGCCGGGCGUGAAUGAAUCAGCGGGAGCAGUCCAUUUUUUUUCUUCAAUUCCGACUUUCAUUCAGCUAUGUCUAUAACAUGCAGCCCGUGGUGUGGUGUAAGGGUGGAUUGUGUAGCGACAAAUGUGCGUGAAAUGGCGAGCCGAGAUCAGACUGCCCUUGGCUUAGCCAUCUCAACGGAACGCAGCGCUAGUGUUGACCCAAGAGUCGAAAACAUGAUAGCCGUAUAAUAUAUAUUCUCUAUGACGAAAUCCUUCCCCUUCCUUCGCUACCAGCUAGAGCGAUGUCGAGCCCGGUCGAGCCAAAAUGAUUGUUUACGUUGGCUGUUAGCUGCGUGCCAUGCUUGUAAUGCAACGAUGACGAUCUACCAGCAUUAUAUCUAUUACUCAUCGAGAUACCUCGAUCAAGAUUACCUCGUGGGUGUGUUUUCGUUUCGGUAGCCACACUUUAUACGUAUACUGCCAGAUGUUUAGCAUGCCAGCGCAGAGUGUGAUGUGAAAUAG